CCAUGGCUGAAGCAUCAAAGACUGUCACCUCCCAAAGUGCAGAGUGUCCAGUGUGUCUUUCUACAUUCACCGAUCCCAAGAUCCUGUCUUGUUCUCACACUUUCUGCAAGAUUUGCCUGGAAAACCUCUUAGAGUGUCACGGUAACUCCCAGAUCCGAUGUCCUGUCUGCAGAGCCGUCACGCAGGUUCCACACCAAGAUGUCGGCAAACUACAGGUAAAUCUUGCUUUGAAAAGUCUGAUAGAUGACAUGAAGGGCCAUCCUCAGAUUUGCACUAAUUGUAAAUCAAAUGACAAGCCCCAUGCUGAUGUCUACUGCCAAGAAUGUGGCAAGUAUCUCUGCACCUCUUGUCUUAAUGCGCACUCUCAAUGGCAAGCCUUUAAUGGCCAUGAAGUCAUAGCCAUGAGCGAGAUCUCAUCAGGAAGAGUUUCAGUCCGUAGAUACCGCAAGUGUAGGAAUCACCCGAAAAAGGAUGAGGAUUACUUCUGUUCCACCUGCAGGAAAUUCGCUUGUUUCGAAUGCGGUAGGAUAAAACAUAAAGACGAGGGACACCAGGUUGUUGAGGGAGCUGUUUAUGAAGACAAACACAUGAAGAAAAUCGAAGACCUGAAAUCAAAGGUGGACAAGAAAAGAUCAUGCUUUCAGAAGUACAUUGAUUUCCUAGAUGACCAAUGGAAGAGUGCUGACAAUGCUAAGAAACGGUGUACUAAGGACAUAAAAAAAGCAUACGAUGAAGCAGUCCGACAGUUGACAGACAAGAGAGAAAGCCUACAGAGAGAAGUCAAGGAAACGACUGAAGGAGUAGAGACAGAACUGGAAAGUAUGAAGACCACGGCCCAGAAGCGCAUCAAUCAGUUGACGACCAUUGCUGACAUGGUAACGAAAAGAACGAAGAUACCGUUAGAUAUGGAUACUCUGGCUGCACACGACACUCUGUGUGAAGAGUUACGAGAGGUGUUGGAUCAAGAUGAUCCUGACUACAAGCAGCCGAGAAAAUCAAGCAAGAAGGGGAGAAGUGUAUUUAAGAGAAACAUUGGAAAUAAUGAGCUAGGCCUUGGUAAGAUUGUUAAUGGAGUUGGAAAAUAUGAGCUAGGCCUUGGUAAGAUUAUUCAUGUAAUGAUAAAAAUAAUAGUUGGUUUUUGUUUAGUUGGUCUUGGUAUGAUUGUUAACGAAGGCCUAGAUGAAAAGAACGUCGUUUUGCCUACUUAUGAUAUUGCUCAUAUCAAGAAUGUUCCUUUGCCAGCUAAGGAUAGCAUGAAUGCCAUGGUUAGUACACCAGACGGUAGAAUGGCAGUAGGAUGUCACUCAGGUGGCAUCUCCAUCUUCUCUGCUGAUGGUAAGCUACAGCAGACAGUUUUGAAGGAUAUUGGAAUUCGUGGGAUAGGUUUCCUCUCUGAUGGUCGAUGUGUUGUGAUUGAUAUGUCAAACAACAUGAGAUUGUACACACCAGAGUACACAAAAUUGAACGUAAUGUUUAAGACUCUGAGUAAUAUUAAAGGUUAUUCUUCUAAGCUCACCGUUGAUGCUGAUGAUCUGAUCUAUGUUAGCUACAGGAUAGCCAAUAAGAUCCAGGUAUUUUCAACAGCAGGUGGGCAAGCAAUCAGGGAGAUACCAUGCAACGGGUAUGAACCUCAGCAAAUCACUAGUUACCAUGGUUCUCUGAUCAUUAUAUCAUAUGAUACUAUCAGAUUGAUAGAUAAACAGGGUGCUGUACAACAUGAAUUAAAGAAACCUGGUAGUCUCCUUUAUGCUGCUGUAUCUCAAUGGAAUACAAUCCUGAUAGCCAAGGUGAAGCAUGAUGAAGGUUUGGUGAGCAUUGACGAGUAUACAUAUGAACUAAGACACAUCCGAAACCUUGUUGAUGAUUACAAGAUUGACAAGCCUAAGAGACGUUGGUAUUACCUCCAGCAGUACCGAUCCGGAGAGAUCGCUUUCUGCACUCCGGAUAGACUCUAUAUUAUAUUCUACUGAAAGUAUUGGAUGACAUCGACAUUGAUGCAUGAGAUAGCAAUAUCACAGAAGAUGGGGGGGGGGGGGAUGAUCGAUGCUCACUGAGUUGCCAUUUUCUGUUAAAGUAAGCCGCUAUUAUAUAGAACUACCAGAAACAGUUGCUGGAUCAUUUCUUUCUGGUUUCUUAACCAUAAAAAGCAUUCCGCUCCUUACAACUUUUUAUUUUCAACUUUGCGUGUAACAAGCAUUAUCUUUAUCAUGUUUAUCCUGUGUUGGGAAAUUCUAGUCCUUGCAUAUCAGACACACUGUUGUUAAAUAUUUUAUGACAAACCAAAUGAUUCUCUAUUUAUAUAUAUGACUGUAUAUCAUAUUUGACUAGUAAUCACCAUGGGGGUUGUGAGGUCUUUAUCAUUGAUAUAAAAAAGGGUAUAAUAUGCUAUACAGUUUAUGCGCGUAUACUUGUAUUUGUAUGCAUAAGUUAGAAUAUAUCUUGAUUCUAUGCUAUGAUUCUAUCUAGACAUGAUUAUAAUGUGUAAAUAUAU